AUGACGGCCAAUUCAAACAUUUUUUUAACAAGGAUAUUUAAAUCUAUACUAAGUUCUUUAUUAUUCACGUAUGUAAUAGCGUUCUUAUUAUCGCUUCGGUCGAUUCUCAGCUUCACAUUCAACUUGUACUCAUUAUUGUACGUGCCGGCAGUAUUGGUAGCUGUGUUAUUGUUCAUUUUAACCAGCUCACGCAGAUAUGUGAGAACAGAUGUGCCUUGUACAAACCGUUUUAGCAAAAUUGUCAAAGGAUUAUCAAUUCAAACCGUGUUACCGGCAGCCUUGAUUUCAGUCAGCGCAUGGUCUCUGUCAAGUAUAAAUCCAUUCUCUCAAGAUGAAAAAAUUUGGCUUUUACUCAAUGUUGGAUGUGCUCUGGCUGGCGUUUUAUUCCAUUAUGAAAACGUUUACUUUGAACAAGAUUUUCACUUUCCGAUUAUUCAAACUACAAAAUAUUCAAUGUUUAUGUCUAAACUCUCGGAGAUUUUAUUUAAAUCGUUGAAAAAAUCAUUUUUGUAUCUAUUUUUCAUAUUUAUUCCGUUAUAUGUGAUUGAACCAAAAUUGUGUUCUAAUGUUUAUUUUUUUAUGAUUCUAUGGUUUUCAAUAUCAUUAGUCUUACACUUGUUUUAUUCAUUUGAACACAUUAUAUUCUUAACUAUGACUGAACGUGUUAUAUUUCCAAUUGUGACGAUAAAUCAAGACAAUAAUAAUUUACUUAAUGCUUUGAAUGUUGAUAAUAAGAUUAUAAAAUCACUAGCUCUAUAUGAUCUUUAUCAAGCUACAAUUAAAGAUGCAGAAAGAAGAAAAGACAUAUUUAGCUUAAGUUUUGCGGGAAGUGUUCCUCAGAGUUGGAAAAUUAUAUUUAACUAUUGUAUAAAUAAUAUAAAAUCCACCACAGGAGACAUGAAAAAAUUAGUCAACCAUGUACCACUCAAGUUAAUCAAUCGACGCAAUAUAACCAACGCCCGAUUAAUACACAUUAAUGGUAGUGUCAUUAGCAAACCAUCAGAAGAAAAUGUAACUCAACAUAGCAUAUUUUUAUAUUUUUUUGAAAAAUUCUGGCUGUAUAACUACUUUUUUGGACCAUUGGAUAAAGAUAAAUUAUUAGAAGAAUUUGAAGCAACAGUGUGGUGCUGUUAUAUACUUUCAAAUUUGGCUGUAGUUUCAUUAAAGGAGGACGAGUAUGGUGUAGUCAGAGAACAACUCGGGCAAAUAGUUAGCACUAUUUUAGAUUUGAAAAAUCAACUGGACAUCCAACAAAGAAAUUUUAACGACCAAAAUACCAAAAAAAUUGAAUACUUGAAAACACACGUUAAGACUUGUGCUGUGAUGCUAGCAUUGAAUUUUGGUAUGUACGCUAAUGAUAUUGGAUUAGAUGAAACUCAGUUGCAUAGCUUUAAAAAAAUAAUAAUACAGUUAAAUAAUGGUUAA